AUGAGAGUUCUACAAGCGGGUCUUGCACUCGCCAGUCGUCAUCUUUCGUCUAAACCGAGGGUCUCUUUGAAAAAGGUUUUCAUAAUCAACUCUCGAUCAUGUUCAUCUGGUGUCAUUUGCACUGAUAAAAUCAGAAACAUUGGGAUUUCCGCGCACAUUGAUUCUGGAAAGACCACUCUCACAGAGCGCGUCUUGUACUACACUGGCAGAAUAGCGGAGAUUCAUGAGGUCAAAGGAAAAGAUGGAGUUGGAGCCACCAUGGAUUCAAUGGAACUGGAGAGACAAAGAGGCAUCACAAUCCAAUCAGCUGCUACAUACACUAUGUGGAAAGGUCACAACAUCAACAUAAUUGAUACACCAGGUCACGUUGAUUUCACCAUUGAGGUUGAGCGAGCUCUUCGAGUGUUGGAUGGAGCUGUAUUGGUUCUGUGCGCUGUCGGAGGAGUACAGUGUCAGACCAUGACGGUCAACAGACAGAUGAAACGCUAUGACGUCCCAUUCCUCACCUUUAUUAACAAGCUCGACCGAAUGGGGGCCAAUCCUUAUCGAGCCUUGCAUCAGAUGAGGACCAAGCUUAAUCACAAUGCUGCUUUUAUGAACAUCCCCAUGGGGCUUGAGGGGAAUAUGAAGGGUAUCAUAGACCUGAUUGAGGAGCGUAGCAUGUAUUUUGACGGACCUUUUGGUCAGGAUAUUCGUUAUGAUGAAAUCCCUGCUGAUUUUCGCGCUGAAGCAGAAGAGCGAAGGCAGGAACUUGUGGAAUGUGUGGCCAAUGCUGAUGAGAUUUUGGGGGAAAUGUUUCUGGAAGAACAAACCCCAACCAUCAAUGACCUGAAGGCUGCUAUACGCAGGGCCACGGUGCAGCGCCUUUUCACACCUGUGUUGGUGGGAACAGCACUGAAGAACAAAGGUGUGCAACCUCUCUUGGACGCUGUGUUAGACUAUCUGCCAAAUCCAACAGAAGUGAAAAACUAUGCAAUACACAACGACGAAGAUUCAAGUGAUAAAUCCAAAAUUUUAAUGGACCCUGCUAGAGAUGCUGCAAAUCCAUAUGUUGGUCUGGCUUUCAAACUUGAGGCUGGACGAUUUGGCCAGUUAACUUAUGUCCGUGUGUACCAAGGCUGUCUGAAGAAGGGGGAAUACAUCUACAACACAAGAACUAACAAGAGAGUGCGAGUGCAGAGAUUAGUGCGACUCCAUGCAGACCAGAUGGAGGAUGUUGACGAGGUUUAUGCAGGUGACAUUUGUGCGCUCUUUGGGAUCGACUGUGCAAGCGGAGACACUUUCACAUCAAAGAGCAGCGCAAACCUUUCCAUGGAAUCGAUUCACGUCCCAGAUCCUGUCAUCUCCAUGUCCAUGAAACCAGUCAAUAAGAAUGACCUGGAUAAGUUUUCCAAAGGCAUCAAUCGUUUCACCAGAGAAGACCCAACGUUUAGAGUGGCUUUUGAUACAGAGAGCAAAGAAACUAUUAUCUCAGGAAUGGGGGAGCUGCAUUUAGAAAUAUACUCACAGAGAAUGGAGCGGGAAUACAACUGCCCUUGUGUGAUGGGAAAGCCUAAAGUGGCAUUUAGGGAGACGAUUACCAGCCCUGUGCCGUUUGACUUCACCCAUAAGAAGCAGAGUGGAGGCUCGGGGCAAUAUGGUAAAGUUAUUGGGGUUCUCGAACCUUUGGAUUCUGAGCACUCCACAAAGCUGGAGUUUGACGAUCAGACGGUUGGAACAAAUGUACCAAAGCAGUUUGUUCCCGCUAUAGAGAAGGGCUUCAGAGACUCGUGUGAAAAGGGGCCUCUGAGUGGACACAAAAUAUCCGGAGUGCGGUUUGUGUUGGAGGAUGGAGCCAACCACAUGGUGGAUUCAAAUGAGAUUUCCUUCAUUCGCGCAGGAGAAGGGGCUUUGAAACAAGCCAUGAGGAAGGCCACAGCUGUGAUCCUUGAGCCCAUCAUGGCUGUGGAAAUAGUCGCUCCACAAGAGUUCCAGGGCACAGUCAUCUCUGGAAUAAACCGGCGUCAUGGGGUCAUCUCAGGACAGGAUGGGACAGAAGGAUACUUCACUUUGUACGCUGAUGUUCCACUCAAUGACAUGUUUGGUUAUGCAUCUGAGCUUCGCUCUUGCACAGAGGGUAAAGGAGAGUAUACCAUGGAAUACAGUCGAUACCAGCCGUGUUUGCCUGCAACGCAAGAGGAACUUGUUCACAAAUACUUAGAGGCUACAGGUCAGCUCCCUGCGAAAAAGAACAAAUGGAAGAACUAA